CUGUGGCUUCUUCUGCGGGAGUCACUGAAGGACUGAGAGCGUCGUGUCGUGAUAGUGUCGCGGGGAGGAGCUGCUUCAGAGCUGAUCAGUGCGGCUCGGGCAGACGCACACACACACACACACAGACACGGGAGCUGACGCUGGAGCGGAGGACGCUCGGAGGAACAGCGCGCAGCGGUCAGUCAGGGGCCCCUGGAGCUCCUCUGGAAUCCUCCGCACACUGUCCUGCAGGAGCACCGCUUCAUCAUGGACCUGCUGCUGCUCCUGUCUCUGUCGGCGCUCUGUGUUUCUGCGGAGCAGGAGGUGGAGAAUCUCUCCGGACUGUCGCCGAAUCCUGACCGGGAUAUUUUCGUAGUGAGAGAAAACGGAACGACCUGCUUGAUGGCGGAGUUUGCGGUGAAAUUCCUGAUUCCCUACGACGUGCUGGCACUGAACGGGAUCGAUCUGAUCACGGAGCAGGCGUCCGUGUCGGUCCCGCGUGGAGCUCAGAUCGCUGGGAGAUGCGGGAGCAGUGAGUCCGAGCUGCACAUCUCGUGGAUCAAUCACGCAUUCACAUUCCGCAUCUUCUUCUCAAAGGAGAAGCGCACCAUGGGCAGUGAUGGAAAAGCUAAAGAAACUGAAGUAUGGAAGAUAAACAAGGUCCAGCUGGUCUACAACACUUCAGAGGCGACACACUUCAUUAGCGCUUAUAAUCCGGGGAAACACAUAGCCAGCACACAUCACCUCUCCGCUCUGGUGACUCCGGCCGGACAUUCGUUUGUUUGCGCGGCUCAGCAGACGCUCACACUGAUCUCCAGCGACCAUCAGAAGGGAAUCACCGUCUCCAUCUACGACAUUCAGAUUCAACCCUUCGACAUCAAGAGCGACUUCGUCUUCAGUGAACCGUUUAAAUGCAUCACGGACCAGCGGGAGCAGCUGGAGCAGAUGCUGCCGCUGGUGUUGGGUCUCAUCCUGGGUCUCAUCAUCGUCAUCACCGUCUCCGUUUAUCACUUCCACCUCAAACUGAGCGCCGCGCAGCAGCCGCAGCUUCCUCGCGACCGCUCGCUCUACAAGAACAUGUGAAGCUCUCUACCGGACGUGACGUCGGUCCAAAUGUCUCAACGCACGUCAUUAGAACGCCGCUUUUCUUUCUGGUUUCUGUGUCAAAUGUAUGGAAGCCCGUUUCCACCAUAGAAUUAAACGAAUGUAAAAAGGUAAUUGCGACUUUCUUUCCAGAAUUGCUAAAACUCUUGUUUUGUGAGAUAUAAACUCGAAAUUGUGCGGAAAAAAGCCAGAAUUGU